UAUGGAAAAGGAAAAGAAGGGGUGAGUUCGUGUGCGUGUGCGUGUGCGUGUGCGCGGCUUGUUUAAAUUGUGGAAGCCCUCCUCCUGAGAAAUCUCGAAUCGCUUGGUUUGGCAAUCGCAAUACUAUUCGAACGGGCAAUUGGCAUUAAUUUCAAGUUGAAGAAAAAUGGAUGGUGGAAAGGACAAGCAUGAUCAUGAGUCUAGUGACAAAGGAAUGUUCUCUCACCUUGCUGGAUAUGCUGCUGGACACUAUCCUUCACAAGGAUACCCUCCACAAGGAUACCCUCCACAGGGAUAUCCUCCUCAAGGAUAUCCCCCACAAGGAUAUCCCCCACAAGGAUAUCCCCCACAAGCCUACCAACCAGGUGGAUAUCCUCCCCCAGGUGGAUACCCUCCCCAAGGUGGAUACCCUCCCCAAGGUGGAUAUCCUCCCCCAGGUGGAUACCCUCCCCCAGGUGGAUACCCUCCCCAAGGCUAUCCUCCCCCAGGUGGAUAUCCCUCCAGUUAUCCUGGUCCAUCAGCUCCAUAUCAUUCAGGGCAUGGAUCUGGUAUGGGUGGUAUGGGAGCAUUGGUAGCAGGAGGUGCUGCUGCUGCAGCUGCUGCUUAUGGGGCUCAUCAGCUCUCACAUGGUGCCCAUCAUCUCGGACAUGGGGGUCAUUAUGGCUAUGGCCAUGGAAAGUUCAAACAUGGCAAGUUUAAGCAUGGGAAAUUUGGCAAGCGCUGGAAGAAUGGCGGCAUGUUUGGAAAGCAUAAGUUCAAGAAAUGGAAGUGAUACGGCGGCUAUUGGUAGAUGUAAUAAUGUUCAUGUGGAGCUCAAGGUUUGAAUUUUUUAUGGAGCAGGGGAAGAUUUGCAGUUUUAUGCUUUAGUAGUAUUGUCUAUUAUUAUUACUAUUAUUUGUCUUUUAUGAGAAUGUCACACCUAUUGUUUAUGUGAUUGCAACUCAUCUUGUUUCCUUAAAAGAUAUGUAAAUGUGUCUUAAUGAAAAAAAAGAAAAAGAACAAAAAGAAUGGAUGGUUCCUGGAAAUUCAAUGAAUUUGGUCUUUUGAACAUA